GCAUAAAAUAAUUGAAUAACUGAUUGCACGCUGAUGAUACAAAGACUAGCUAACACCUCAAACAUAGUCAACGCUGGACAUAUUGAAUAAGGACUUAACUGCCAUGCCAUGCUGUUUAUCCUCAGAACGACGGUUUGGGCUGAAUUUUGCAAAAACGACUACUAACACUGCAGAAUGACCUCCAACACAACUCUUUCCCUUCACUCCAACUCCAAAAUCUCAACGUACCAUGAUAAAACGACAGUGGACAUUGUCUUCUACACCAUCAUUGUUCUCCUCGGCACCACCGGAAACUCUUUGGUCAUCUGGGUGACCGGUUUUCGUAUGAAUCCCACCGUCACGAACGUUUGGCUGAUUAAUCUUGCCGUGGCAGACCUGAUCUUCUGCUUGACACGAGCUAUUUCUCUCACCAAAAGCAUUUUCUUCGACCACUGGCCUUUUGGACUCUUUCUCUGCAAGUUCAAUGGUUUCUUCAAGUACGCCAACAUGUUCUGCAGUGUUUUUCUUCUGGCCGUGAUCAGCGUGGAUCGAGCGCUCUGUGUUUGCCAUCCAGUGUUGACCAGAGAGCGACGGACGUUAUGUGCUGCUCGGGUGGUCAGCGUGGGAGUUUGGAUCGUGGCGGUGAUCUUUAGUUCACCGUACUUUGUGUACAGACAGGUCUUUCCCGGGGAGAACAACUUAAGCCACUGCUCAUUUAAGCAGGAGAAAGGAGCAGAAGGUGGUGGGAUUUCAGCAAAGUAUAUCUACUACUGCAUUCGUUUCAUCUGUGGAUUCUUGCUGCCCUUCCUGGUCAUCCUUAUCUGUUACAUACUAGCUGCUGUUGGGAUACGCAGAACACGACUCUCUGGAAAAUCGAGGCCUCUUCGGAUUCUUGCUGUAUUGGUCUGUGCCUUUUUCUUGUGUUGGGCUCCAUACCACUUUCUAGGGCUGGUCAAGCUGGUGAAUAAAGAAAACAAGGCUGUAAAAGAGGGAUGGACUAUGGCUUCAAACUUAGCUUAUUUCAACAGCUGCAUUAACCCGGUUCUGUAUUUCUGCAUGGGACUGGAUGUUCGUCGACGAUGCAACCAAAACCUGUCUGGGAUUUUUCACAGAGCGCUUACGGAGGAAGGAGGAAGUCUCUCACAGCAAGGCACUAGAGAAGAAAGCCCUGAUUCUAUUCCAAAAACUGCAGACACUGAGUUUGUCACUAAAGUUUAAAAGAUUACAACAGAUUGAAACCUUACUGUUUUAAUAUUUAGAUGGAUAAAAAUUUGCAGAAUACUAGUCAUUUGUAAUAUAUGUUUAAUAUAUUCAAUAUACUCAUACUUAAUAUAAUCAAUAUACUUUUGCAAUAUACAAUUUUUUUAUAUUAUGUUUAUGCAACAAUCAUACAUUUUUAUGAUGGGCAACAUUUGCUUAAACGUUUGUUUGAUAAGUCAUUUAACAGGAUGACAUUGGCAGGAAGCAAAAUUCGACUGAGUUUAAUCUGAGCAAUUUUUUAUUGUUCAUUUUAUUCCUGUAAUAUUUGCCCUUUGCAGUAAAUACCCAGUGUAUGAAAAAAGGUGUCUAAUGCAAUUACUAUUAAUUACAACAACAACAAAAAUCUGUUUCAAUAGUUCAGUAGUUCAAAUUCUGAUAUCAUCUGUGACUAAAUAGUGAACUGAAAACCCUAAACCUCCAGCUCUUAAUAGCAUUACUGAGCACACUUUACUAACAUCUGCAGUGACACUGCAACAUUACAGGUUGAGCAAUUUUGCAUAGUGCGUAAGAAACAGUUGAUUACAAUUAUGAUUCAGUUACCAGACAUUUUUAUUACAAGUUAGCAAGAUGAGCUCAAGACAUGAGCAAACAUAAAUAGCGUUUUGUAAAGGUAGGCUAAUUUAAAUAUUUACAUACAUUAAGCUAUUUUAAGCGCAGACUAAUUAAAAUUAACGUUCACAUUUUCCUCAAAAGGUUGUAUUUUUAUUAAUUGUUUACCUGAACAUUAACUUUUUAAGUUUGACUCUAUUUAUCUAUUUAAAUGAAUUGAUGACAAGUUUUGUUUGUUUCUCAAAAUUUUGUUUCAUGUUCAACAAUAGCGGGCAGAUUGUAGCUCCACAGGACCCCUACAUCACAGUGAUCUUCCAGAAUCUACCUUGUUGUUACAUAGCUGCGCUGCAUGUCUCCUCCCUCUUCCUGCCUUUCACCUCUUUGUCUGCAUUGAAGACAUUUAUGAAUGAAAAGAUCCAUUACACCAGAAAGACAAGAAGAGAGCAGGUAAUGUCAGUGAACCUUAUCAAACACAGCUGUUGACUCAUUCUCAAAGGAUCGUCCGGUGUUGUUCCUUUCAAGACUGAUGGUUUAAUCGGAUUUGCGAAAACACUGAUUUGUACAGGUAACAUCACACACAUCUGCAAAUCUUUAUAGGUUUUACUAUUGUCUUGCAAUGCAAUAAAUGAUUGUAUGAUUUUAGUACAAGUGAUAUAUAAAAAAGCUGAGGACAAUAUUUUUUUACAGCCUGAUACACAUUGUGGUUGCUGAUUGUUUUUAUUUCUCUUUGAGCAUUUGAGAAAUUUUUAAGACUAUUGUGAAUUAAUUUUUGUGAAUUGAUUUUUUCGAGGUGACAUAAUUACAUUAGUUGACUGAAGUAACAUUAAUUGAUUUCUCUCUCUUGAUUGUAGAAUGAACUCCAAUAUAACUCUUCUUCCCUACGCCCAGUCUGAGGUCUCAAACACUACAGCGGACAUUGAGGCAAUUAUGAAUAAGUGUUUUUCUUCUGGCCGUGAUCAGCGUGGAUCGAGCGCUCUGCGUCUGGUGUCCAGUGUUCACCAGAAAACGACGGACGUUAUGUGCUGCUCGGGUGGUCAGCGUGGGAGUUUGGAUCGUGGCGG